CUUUUCUCUAAACUUUCACAUUUAAACCUCCAGUUCUUUAGUCGACCUCUAAGUGUUUAGAUAUGCAGACUUAUCGCCAAUAUCAUGCUCUGGCAGCGCGCCUUCGAUUCCAGUCCAGGCAGCAUCAAAAGAAGGGACCAAAUCCAAGUCUCCAUUACCACUCAUUUGUAGAGAAUCAGGCGUCAGAGUCAUCUUCUCGUGGUUCGUCUCAGGGGCAAUCAGAUAUCGAGUAUGAAGGAUUGCAUCUGCAUGAGACCUCGGAGUCUCUCCAUGGAACAUCCACAAGGCUAGCGAAUGCCCUUCCCGGCAUCAUCGAGGACGAUUCUCAUCCUACCAAGACCUUUCUUGUUAAGUUCGAAGGCCCUGAUGAUCCUCUAUGUCCUCGCAACUGGUCGCGGACGAAACGCAUCUUAUACACCUUCAACGUUGGUCUUAUCGCCCUGGUUGUCGGCACAGCAGCCUCAAUCGAUUCGGCCGUCAUUCCUCAAGCGGCAGCGGACUUUCGGGUCAGUGAAAUUGUGGAGGCUCUUGCGACAGGAUUGUUCCUGUGUGGCUUUGGCAUUGGUGCUCUGAUUGCCGGGCCGCUGUCCGAGACCGUGGGCAGAAACCCAGUCUACCUGGGCUCUCUGACACUGUACAUGUUCUUCAUCAUGGGUGCUGGACUGUCCCAUUCGAUUGAAGGACAGUUGAUAUGUCGCUUUUUGGCAGGGUUCUGUGGCGAGGCGCCAUUAUCCACAGUUGGAGGCUCCAUUAGCGAUCUCUGGGACCCGCUGCAUCGAUUGAUUGCCUUUCCCAUCUUUGCAACAUUCGGGCUGAUGGGCCCUCUCAUGGGACCGAUCAUUGGUGGUUUUAUAUCGGAGUCACACCUCGUCUCAUGGCGAUGGACCGAAUGGACAACUCUAAUCAUGUCUGGUACACUCUUGUCCUCGCUAUUUCUCUUUCAACCGGAGACAUAUGAGUCGAUUCUCCUCAAAUGGAAAGCACACCAUCUGCGACGCAUCACAAAGGAUGGCCGCUUCAAGGCUCCAUGUGAGCUCGACAGCCAGGCCACUUUCCCUAGGCGGAUGCAGAUGGCGUUGAAACGACCCUUCCUGAUGAUUAUUCAGGAACCGACCAUUAUGCUCUGGACGGGCUAUUUGACUGUGAUAUACAUCAUGCUGUUCGGUUUUCUGGAUGGGUACACAUACGUAUUCCAGGACACCUACUCACUGUCGCCAGGUAUCACAGGUUUGUUAUUUGUAGGAAUAGCUGUUGGACUCACGCUCGCAUCUGUUGUCCUGACUCCGCUGGUUUUCCGAUGGGCCAAAAAGGAGAUCAACAACUUGAAAUCACGAGAGAGUGGAGAGCUCAGUCGUCUUCCACCGGAGUUCUUCCUGUGGUACGCCAUGCUAGGAGCACCAGCCAUCCCCAUCUCGUGUUUUUGGAUGGGCUGGACGGCAUACGCUAGUAUUUCCAUCUGGUCCCCCAUUGCCGCAUCGGUUCUGUUCGGUUUCGGGAUCCUGUCGGUUUUCCUCUCGACAUACCUCUAUCUCAUCGACACCUAUGAGGUUUAUGCCGCCAGUGCUUUGACCAUGAUCACCUUGGUGCGGUAUGUUGUCUCUGGAGGAAUCAUUGAGGCGUCUAUUCCCAUGUACGAGAACUUGGGCGUACAUUGGACUUUGACUCUCUUGGGGUCGAUUGGCGUCACAUUCACCUUUGUCCCAUACAUGUUUUACAAAUUUGGCCCGCAAGUUCGCUCCAAGAGUGGCUUUGCAAAGACAACUUGA